AUGUAUCUGUUUAUUUAUUUCUACUUCCUAAUGAGCUUUUUUGAAGAAGUUCUUGGUUUCUGUCCUUCACAAUGCACUUGCGUUUACCAUGGCAGAAGUGAUGGCACUGGAACAAGGUCUGUACUCUGUAAUGAUCCUGACAUGUAUGAAAUCCCUGUGAAUGUUCCUGUGGAUACUGUAAAACUUCGAAUAGAGAAAACUGUCAUACGAAGGAUUCCAACUGAAGCCUUUUACUACCUAGUAGAUCUCAAAUACCUGUGGGUAACUUACAACUGUGUAGCCAACAUUGAUAUCAGCAGCUUUUAUAACUUGAAACUACUGCAUGAGUUACGGCUGGAUGGUAAUCUGCUCUCAACUUUCCCUUGGGAAUCACUGGCAGAGAUGCCCAACUUACGGACUCUUGAUUUACACAACAAUAAAGUGACCAGCAUUCCCGCUGAUGCUGGCCGGUACCUGAGAAACCUCACCUACCUGGACAUAUCCAGCAACAAGCUAACCACCUUGCCAUCAGACCUGAUGGACAUCUGGCCCCCCUUCUCAGGAACUGUCCUGUCCAAGAACACAGACAUUCUGGUGACACAGAGAGUCAUUUUGGGUUUUCAGGACAACCCAUGGUUCUGCGACUGCCGCAUUUCAAAGCUGAUUGAAUUUUCCAAAAUCGUGGACAGCUCAGUUGUGCUUCUUGAUCCAUUGAUUUCGUGUAGUGGACCUGAGAGCCUGGCGGGAAUCUUGUUCCAGAGAGCUGAGUUAGAGCAGUGUCUUAAACCAUCUGUGAUGACAUCAGCAACAAAAAUCACUUCCCCUCUGGGAAGCAAUGUUCUGCUGCGCUGUGAUGCAACUGGGUACCCAACACCACAGCUUACCUGGACUAGGUCAGACAAUAUACCAGUGAACUAUACAGUAAUUCAAGAAACUCCUGGAGAGGGUGUCAGAUGGUCCAUAAUAAGCUUGACAGGAAUUUCAUACAAGGAUGCAGGAGAAUACAGAUGUAAAGCCAAGAACUUGGCAGGAAUGUCAGAAGCUGCUGUUACUGUCACAGUGGUUGGUGUAGUUACUACAACUGUGUCACCACAGAAGUAUGGAAGGAAGCAAGAGGCUGAGAGACAGAACACAACUCAGGAGGAAUCCAAGCAGGAACCCGAGACGACAACCACACCCCUUGCCACUACACAGAGCACAACCACAGCACUGGUUAGCACUGAAAGAUCAACGAGCAUCAUGUUUGCUGACAAGAAGCAACCCAGGCCCAUGUUUGAUGGAAAGAAAAAUUCAAAGGCUGUGACAAAUGGAAACAAAAAGCAGACUGGGGAGAUAAGCAACAAAGGUGAAGACACUCCAUUGAAUACAGCAGGUAUGCCUGAGCAAAACAUCACUGUGAAGAAUCUAAGAGUGAUCAGUGAAACUGAUGAAAGAGUGACCUUAACUUGGAAAACUGUCAAUGCCACAAGCAACUCCGCAGUGACUGUAUUGUACUCCAAAUACGGUGAGAAAGAUAUGUUGCCUCUGAGCACUGAUUCUAACAAAAACAGAGUCACAAUUGAUGGUUUGCAACCUAGUACUCAAUAUAUGGCAUGUGUCUCACCCAAAGGUGUGCCACCUACAAAAGAACAAUGUGUUAUUUUCUCCACUGAUGGGUUAAAUGAUGAAAGCAGUUCUGAGUUUUCUAUUCUGAUAGUGGCCAGCAGUGCAGCAUGCGUGGUUGUUUUACCUUUGAUAUUUUUUUUACUCUACAAAGUUUUAAAACUUCAUAUGAAACCAAAAAGUGCAAAGGAAGCUGACCUUGCAAAAGAAACCUAUGUGAAAUUUGAAACACUAUCUCUGAAACCUCGAACAGUGAGUGCAGGAGAGCAGCUCUGGGCACGGAGGUACACCGAUGAGUCGGAAAGACUUCUCCUUUGCUCUAGGUCAAGCAUGGAUUCUCAAAUGACCUUCAAAAGUGAGGGUUCUAGGUCAGAGUAUCUGUGUUGAACAUGAGUGAGGGUGGAAAUGGAAUAAACAAUAGGUAAAAUUAUUCCAAAAUGAUGAUACUGCAUCUGGAAGCAGGUUGAUGCUAAGUCGUGGUCAGAAUAUGAUAUCUGAUAUAAUACAGUCUACUGGAUGUGUAGAGUGGUGAGUAGGAGGGAGAAUAGAAGAAAAAUAUUACCUGUUUAUUUUCUUUUUUAAUGUUUGUGACUUUGGAUGUGAAGGCAUGAUGUUCUUCAAAAGAUAAAUACAACUUUGAAAUGGU